UCAAUGGCAUAGAGAUAACCAGGUCGCAGUUAUUAAUUGGUCCGACACUUACAAAUUUCAAAAAAUUGUAUUCCCAUUUGGGGUUAUUUGAGCGCACUUCUUCACUCUUUCCAAUUCCAGUACUGCCAUUGAAGAAGGCCCGCAUUGAAAAUAAAAUAACUGUAUUACAUUGGGGUUAUUUGAAAAUGGCGAACAUUCCCAGACUGACAGCGGGAAGCAGUGCAGAGCAGGUGGAAUACUGCGAGGGGCUUAUCACUAAAAUACUUUCGAGGGUUUCAACAAGAGAUGUGCUGAAGAUGUGUACAGUGGUACAGAGAUGGCGCACAAUAAUUUUUGACCCAUCUUUUGCAGAUACCCAUUACAAGAAUUCUCAACCAGAAUCGAUCUUUUAUUACCACGAGUACAACUCAGUCAGAGGAAUGGUGCGGGAAACCUUUCAAUUCCGCUCCUACAAUCCCAAAACGGGUAAUCUUUCAAUUGUUCCUUUUUCAUGGGAGGGCUUAGACAGUUCUUUUCUAAAUACGGAUUUAAUGCUAGUUUCUGCAUCAAAUGGGCUGAUGUGCUUCUUUUGUCCACAUGAGCUUGCGGAUUUCCAAGUGUUUUGGGUGUACAACCCUGUAACAAAGUUUUUAAGAAAAUUGUCAGUAUCUUUUGAAGUGCCUGAUUUCAUAAGAUCUUUUGUUGGCAUUUGUUAUACGCAUAAUACUGGAAAAUUGAUGGUGGCAGGCUUUUCUGAUGAUGAGAAGCUAGCAUGUACCCUGGUCUUUGAUUUCCAAACCAAUUCGUGGCAUAAGGCCGAAAUUAAAGAUGUAGAGGCCUGGUUUAGAGAUGGCAGUGAUUCUUUAUACAUGAUUAUAGGUUAUGAUGUGAAUCAAGACCAAUGGUGUUUUUCUAUUUUCAUUCCUGCCUCAGUAGGCUAUCCACAUUGCCUCAUUGAAUGGGAGGGAAAUCUAUUUGUUUGUGCUUCUGAUUCCACCUAUGAGGAAAACCAAUUUGUAUUGGCAGCAGGUUCCACCCAUGAGCACUAUCGUACAAUUGACUACAGAUGGGAUGGGGGUGGGGGUGAUGGGCAUUUUGUGUUCUGGAAAUUGGAUACAGAACAUAAGCUGUGGACACGAGAACGGGAAUUGAAUUUAUCACAUGAAAUUCACACUUCCUGGAAGGUAUCUGGAAGCAGUGGUGUAGUAUGGUUUACAUGUGGCUACAAUUCUUUGACAGUUUACCAUAUGGGGAACAGACAUUGGUCCACUCAUCGACUAGACGAUGCUCUUGCUUUGCGCCAGCGCAAAAAUAUCAUAGAAUGUGUAUCUUUUGAGCCUACCCUUUUGUCAUUUUGAAACCCUUUUGUGAAAGUGGGAGUUGGAUUGCAAUCUUGGUGCUGUUUGCAUUCAUGUAAAUUUAUGUGUAUGUAAGAGAGACAAAUAAUCUGACCUGCAAAAUGAUUUUGGGUUUAGUUGAUGACGGUCUGAUUCAGUUGAGCAUAGAUAUAAGUACUGUCAAAGUGCAACAGAGGCAGCACCUCCAGGAUUUCUUCUUGUCUAUCUUUCUACCAUUCACAACUGUCAUGCUUUUGCCUCAGACAAUUUGCUAUAUCAUGUGUUUGUCCAUUUCAACCAUUCAUUGGUUUGUGAAAUUCUUCUUAGUUCUGUAGUAUGAAUUUAGACUUAUGCAGACAAGACCAUAUAUUGAUGAUAAAGUUUAAUUCAGAUGAUAAAGUUUAAUGCAGACAAGACAAUUUGCUAUAUGAAUUUAAACCAUUCAUUGGUUUGUCCAUUUCAACCAUUCAUUGGUUUGUGAAAUUCUUCUUAGUUCUGUAGCAUGAAUUUAUGAAUUUAGACUUAUGCAGACAAGACCAAAGCUCCUAUUUAAAUUUUCAUAUAUUGAUGAUAAAGAUUGAUUCA